GUCACAAAGAGCACUACUAAUCUUUAGAGGGAAAGUGAGAGAGAACAGAAUGGGAGUGGUAAUAAUCGACGGCACCACCGUGAGCGACUUCGUCAACGACACCGCCGCGUUCACGAAGUCCGUGGACGAUCAGUUCGCGGCGCUGGACCUCAACAACGACGGCGUGCUGUCGCGGUCGGAGCUCCGCAAGGCGUUCGAGUCCAUGCGCCUCAUCGAAGCGCACUUUGGCAUCGACGUGACCACUACGCCGGAGAAGCUCGCCACGCUUUACGACUCCAUCUUCGACAAAUUCGACGUCGACCGGAGCGGUACCGUGGACCGCGACGAGUUCCGAGAGGAGAUGAAGAAGAUCAUGUUCGCCAUCGCCGACGGCCUCGGCUCCUUCCCUAUCCAGAUGGUCCUCGAAGACGACCCCAACAGUCUCCUCCAGAAAGCCGCGGAUCUCGAAGCUUCCAAGACCUGAAUGAAAACGGUGACGUUUCUAUGCUUACGAGACACGAAUAGAGACGGCGGCGUUUCAGGAUUCCGUGAACUGAAACGACGGCAAUUGAAACGCCGCCGUUUUAGAUUUGGUAACUGUGUUUGACCGUGUGCCUUCGUGUGGUAACUUUGUUUUUUUUUCUUUUUCUCUUAAUAAAGGAUUUAUGUUGAGAUUAGUGUGCUUGAAUAAAAAAGUAAGGGUUGAAUAUUA